CCGUCGCUGGUGAAGAGCUCAUGGACGCCGGAAGAAGACGCGUUCAUUUUGCGUUGGAUCAAGGACCACGGCCGAAUCAAAUGGUCGUUGGUUCAAGAGCACGUCCCGACGCGCACAGACGUGCAGUGCCGCGAGCGUUGGACGGGUGUACUCGAUCCUGGCAUCAAGACUGGACCAUGGACUGAGGAAGAGGACGCGGCGUUGAUGGCGGCCAUGGGUCCCCACUGGCAGGAGAACGGCUUCAACGAAUGGGCGCGUCUCACCGCGGUUCUGCCUGGUCGCACU